AUGAAUCUGAGCGCGGUUCGAGGGAGCAAGACUAUCGUUUUCAUUGCCUUCGUGCUGGCUGUUUACACGGACUAUUCACUACGAUACUUAAAGUUAUCCUUAACCCCUGCGCUCAUCAGACAUCUGGAGUUCUAUUCGUGCAAUUGUUUGAACCAAACCAGUGUAGAUGUAAAAAAUGUGGACGGAACUGAGACAUCGCUUUGGAAUCAAGAAAAUCAAGGAUUUUGCCUAAUAGGCGCCAAUAAUUCCUCCAAUUGCUGGUCGAAAUCCGCCAUCGUACUGCACACGACGCCCAGCGUUGAUGCUGUAAUUGGUGUGUCUGAGCUCGCCGAGUUCGUUGCAAGUCCAUUCGUUGGUCUGUAUUGUUCGAAACACGGCCACCGCUUCCCUUUCAUUGCCGGCGCCAUCUUAGAACUCCUCAGCAGUAUCGGAUUCCUCCUGUCUACAAAUGUCAUCAUUUUAGCCUUCGCGAGUGCGUUCCAGGGCCUUUCUGCGACGAUUAUUUUCAUAAGUGGAUUAGUCAUGAUCACGGAUGUUUUUAGUGCUGAGGAAAGAUCGAAGGUUAUUUCAAGGGCGUACGGGAUAACGUGCCCGGUUGCUGCAGUUAUUGCCUUCAUGCUUGGAAGCAUAGGGUUCCAGCUAUACGGCCCUGUGUUGCCAAUGGGUUUCAUUGCAGUGUUAGCUUUCGUAGACCUUAUAAUCAGGCUGGUCAUUAAACCUGGAUCUGACAGUGAAAGCGUCUAUGAAGGACCUGAAACAGACAAGUUGAUGACGGGGGAAACAGGGUCCAACGGAAUAUCUGACAAUUCUGAUAAGCAUACAAACUUAAAUGUUCAAGAACCAAGUCCAGUAGGAGAGGCGCAGAAAGUGUCCAUCAAGAUCAUAGAACCGAUAAAGGAAGGCCACGAAAGCGCCCAGCAAGGCCCGGCAACAUAUAAGCAACUGCUUUCAGACUUUGUCGUAAUUGAAGUGAUGUUGCUGAUUACUAUUACCAGUAUAAUAAUCUCCAUGGUAGUUGCAACAGCCUCUAACAGAUCUAUCAAUAUUCUCGACGCAGAGCAAUGGCAACUAGGUGUGGUUCUUGGCAUCGGCCCUCUGGUGCAGCUCACUGUAGCUACAACAUUGUUGAGGUUGUUAACUCGAAAUGUCUUUUGGCUGUUUAUGCUCGGUAACAUAGUGUUCGUCAUGAUUGGUCUGAUGGUUUACCCAUUGACUACAAAUGUUUGGUGGACUAUAAUACCCGAGGUCUCCAUCCGAGGCGCGGCGCUGGCCUUCAGCUAUAUCUACACGCCGAACCUGCACCCCUUGCUCUUAGACCAUCGCCACAAGUAUGCCGCAGCGAAGGUCUUCUCACUUCUGCGGACGUCAGUCGUACUAGGGAAUGGGAUUGGACCAUUUGUUGGGAACCUAUUAGCACAUACUUCAUUCAUGACUCUGUAUUAUAGUGCUGGGGGUUUCCUAUUGCCCCUUGUGUUCGUGACUCUACAUAUACGUUCGGUCAACAAGAUUUCUGCAUCAUAUUGA